AAGAGAUAAGAUUACAUAGAGAGAGCUCUUAUUGUCAGCAGCCUACAAUUAGAAUGGAUGUCCGCCCGACCAUUGGGAGUUCCGCCCCAACCAUGUGGGCAGAUACCUUCACUUCACUCUCUGCGGACAUGAAUAAGGUACAAGAGAAGUAUGUGGAAGCCAUUGAAGCACUAAAGGAAGAAGCAAGGAGCAUGCUGAUGGCUAAAGGAAAUACAAUUGUUGAUAGACUGAUAUUGAUCAACACGUUUGAGCGUUUGGGAGUGGCGUAUCACUUUGAGCAAGAGAUUGAAGAUCAAAUCCAAGACAUCUUCAGAUCUCAUUCGGAGAGGGAAGAUGACUAUGACUUGUUCAUUACUGCACUUCAAUUUCGUCUGCUCAGGCAACAUCGCUAUUUUGUUUCUAGCAGUGUUUUCGAUAAAUUUAAGAAUGAAGACAAUGAAUUCAAAGAAACCCUCAAAAGUGAUGCUAAGGGUCUGCUAAGCUUGUAUGAAGCUGCCCACCUGAGGAUUCAUGGGGAAACAAUCUUGGAAGAGGCUGUGGCCUUUACAACCCAUCAUCUGAAGCGUACGUUGCAACAAUUAGAAUGUCCACUUCAAGAUCAGGUGAAGAGAGCUCUGCAGCACUCACUCCAUAGAGGUGUUCCGAGAAUCGAAACCCGCCACUUCAUUUCCUUCUACGAAAGAGAUGACUCAAAGAAUCAACUGCUUCUAAAACUAGCCAAACUGGAUUUCAAUUAUUUGCAGAAUUUGUACAAGAAAGAGCUCCAUGACCUCACCAGGUGGUGGAACGAAUUUGACUUGAAAUCGAAACUUCCAUACGCAAGAAACAGAUUGGUGGAGAACUAUUUCUGGGGUGUGGCACACCAUUUUAAACCUCAAGAUUCUUAUGCUCGAGUGGCUAUUGCUAAAUGCACACAAAUGAUUGCAAUAACAAAUGAUACAUACGAUAGUUAUGCUACACUUGAAGAAGCUCACCAUUUUACUGAAAUCUUAGAAAGGUGGGAUGUCAAUGAAAUCUAUCAACUACCGGAUUACAUGAAAAUUCUCUACAAGUUUCUUCUAAGUAUAUAUGACGACUAUGAAGUCGAAGCAUCCAAGCUAGGAAAAUCAUAUGCAGUUUGUUAUGCCAAGGAAACAAUGAAACAACUUUGUAAGGCUUACGAAAAGGUGCUGAAGUGGGCUAUGGGACAAGUACAGAUACCUACAUUUGAAGAGUACGUUGCUAACAUGAUGGUCACAAGUUGCGUCUAUGUGCUUCUCUCUUCCACCAUGGCCGUGAAAUAUGCCUCGAAAGAGACCAUCGAUUGGCUAAUGGGUGAACCUAAGAUUGUUGCAGCUGCUGCUAAGAUUGGCCGAUAUUUGAACGACUUGGGAAGUUAUGAACGUGAAAGCAAGGGAGGAAAUUUGCCAAUAGCAGUCCGUUGCUAUACGAAACAAUAUGGCGUAUCAAAAGAAGAGGCUCUGGAUAAGUUUGUGGAACUAGUUGAAGAUGCGUGGAAAGAUUUGAAUACAGAAUGGAUAACUGAAACUUCCAUACUAGGCAGGGAUAUUGUGGCUGAGCAGCUUCUAAACUAUGCUCGCAUAUCAGAAGUGACUUACGAGAAUUGCCAAGAUGGGCUAACAAAUCCUGAAAAAUAUAUGGCACCUCAAGUUGUUGCUCUCUUUGUGGAUCCCAUAAUUCCGAGUAUCUGCCCCACAAGAAUGGUAGCCACCGGCGAUGUUGAUGCCCUUACAAGUUGCCCCAAGAAUGUCCGCCCGCCCAUUGCGAGUUUCGCCCCUACCAUGUGGGCUGACACCUUCACUUCACUUUCCCUUGACGAUAAGGUACAAGAAAAGUACGCGGAAGCCAUUGAAGCACUGAAAGAAGAAGCAAGGAGCAUGCUAAUGGCUAUUGGAAGUACAAUUGCCGACAAAUUAAUAUUGAUCGACCGGCUUGAGCGUUUAGGAGUGGCAUAUCAUUUUGAUCAGGAGAUUGAAGAUCAACUCCAAGAAAUCUUCCUAUUUCAUUCUAAGGACAAAAAUGACUAUGACCUAUUCACUACUGCACUUCAAUUUCGUCUGCUCAGGCAGCAUCGUCAUUUUGUUUCUUGCGGAGUUUUUGACAAAUUUAAGGACAAAGACAACAAGUUCAAAGAAACCCUUAGCAGUGAUGGUAAGGGCUUGCUGAGCUUGUACGAAGCAGCCCAGGUGAGGGUUCAUGGGGAAGACAUCUUAGAAGAGGCUGUCGGUUUUACGACCCAUCACUUGAAAUGUAUGGUACAACAAUUAGAGUCUCCACUUCAAGAGCAAGUGAAGAGAGCUUUGGAGCAGUCACUUCAUAGGGGUGUUCCGAGAAUCGAAACCCGCCACUUCAUUUCCUUGUAUGGAAAAGAUAACUCAAGGAAUGAUCUACUCCUAAAAUUAGCCAAAUUGGAUUUCAAUUUCUUGCAGAAUUUGUACAAGAAAGAGCUCUAUGAGCUCUCCAGGUGGUGGGACAAAUUCGACCUGAAGACAAAACUGCCAUAUGCAAGAGACAGACUGGUGGAGUGUUAUCUUUGGGGCAUGACAUUUCGUUUUGAACCUCAAUACUCUUACGUUCGAGGUGCCGUUGCUAAAGGCAUGCAAAUGGUUUCAAUCAUGGACGAUACGUACGAUAAUUAUGCCACACUUGAAGAAGCUGACCUUUUCACCGAGAUUUUGGAAAGGUGGGAUAUUAAUGAAAUUAACCGACUCCCAGAUUACAUGAAAAUUGUUUACAAAUUUAUUCUGAGCAUAUAUGAUGACUACGAAGUUGAAGCAAUCAAACAAGGAAAAUCAUUCGCAAUUCCCUAUGCUAAGGAAGCGGUGAAACAACUUGGUCGGGCUUACAAUAAAGAGCUGAAAUGGUUCAUGGGACGACAAAUGCCGACAUUUGAAGACUACUUCGCCAAUACAGUGUACACGAGCUGCAUCUAUGUGAUGUUCACAGCACUGAUUCCGGGCAUGCAAUCUGCCUCGGAAGAAACCAUCGAUUGGCUGAUGAGUGAGCCUGAAAUUCUGAUAGCUACUGCGAAGAUGGGUCGAUAUGUGGAGGACUUGGGCACCCAUGAGCGCGAGAACAAGGACGGACAAAUGCUGACGGCAGUCGAUUGUUACAUGAAACAAUAUGGCAUAUCGAAAGAAGAAACCCUGAAUAAGUUUAUGGAACUGGCUGAAGACGGAUGGAAGGAUCUGAAUACGGAGUGGGUGACCAAAACUUCUACCGUACCCAAAGAUACAGUGGAGCAACUUCUCAACUAUGCUCGCGUAGCAGAGGUUACUUACAAGAAUUGUCAAGAUGGGUACACAAACCCUGAAAAGUUCUUGGCACCUCAGAUUAUUGUUGUUCUUGUGGAUCCCAUAGCCAUUUGAUUUUAUGAUUAUCGUACCCCAAACUCACUCAGUUAUCACAGUUGGGUUUGAAGUUUGAAGAAUAAUGUGGCUACGGAUUUAGAGACGGUUUGUCGUCCCCAACCAGCUACUUGUAUUCCAAUUGUCCUUCGUGAAUUUGAAUAAUAACGUGUUUGUACUUUGAAUUAUU